AUGUGCAGCAGUUUAGCCUACUUUCUUUUGUCAUACGUAAUAACAAACAAUGAGGACUUGCAAGAUAAUCAGGUGCUAGUUAGGGAUGAGAAGGCAAAAGCUGAAUCUACUACCAAAGCGAACAACACUACAACUGGAACUACCUUCAGAUCGAACAUUAAGGAAAAUAACACCCAAAGUGAAGCUAUCUUCAAAGAAAACAGCAAAUCUACCAUCACAGUCAACAACACUCAGACUGAAACUAUCAUUGGAAACAACAACACUCUAACUGAAUCCAGACUCAAAGAAAAGAACACUACAAUUGAAUCUACCAAAGAAUGCAACAACUUUCCAAUGAAUGGUACCAUCAAAGAGAAAAAUACUACAACUGAAUUAACUACAUGUAUAAGAGAGAACAGCACUCUACCUGAAUCUACAAUUAAAGACAACAUCCCUCCAAAAGAAUGUCAUAUCGACACUCCCUCUACCAUGACAGACAAACCCUCAAAGAGAAAUACAGCAAAGAGAAAACCUUUAAAAUUAAAGGGAAAAACCACCGUAGAGAAAAAAGGUGCAACUAAAUCUACCUACAAAUCAAGCAACACUAUAACUGAAUCUACCAUCGAAGCAAACAACUCCCCAAAUGGAUCUGCCAUCAAAGACAACUCUAAAACUGAAUCUACCAUGAAAGCCAUCAACACUCCUUCUACAAUCAAAGACAAAUCAUCAAAGAGAAAAAUAUCAAGGAGAAAAAGCGCCAAAGACCAAAAUAUCGCAACUGAAUCUCACAUUGAAGGGACCACCACUACAAUUGGAUCUACCAUCAAAGGCAGCAACACCUCAACCAAAUCUGCUAUCAAAGACAUCAAAUCUCCAACUGAAUCUACCAUGAAAAAGAACAACUCUACAGCUAAAUCUGUCAAUAAAGGCAGCAACUCUACAACUGAAUGUACCAUCACAAACAGCAACACUCCAACUAAAUCUACCAUUAAAGAGAACAACCCUUCAUCUGAAUCUACCAUCAAGGAGAAAAACAAUCCAACUGAAUCUACCAUCGAAGUCCACAACACUACAGCUGAAGGAACCGUCAAUUGCAACAACACUACAACUGAAUCAAGCAUCAAAGACUACAACACUCUCAUUGAACUUGGCAUCAAAGACAACACCUCUACAAUUCAAUGUAACAUCAAAGAGAAUGACACUCGGACUGAAUCUCCAAUCAAAGGCAACAUCUCAACAAGUGAAUCUACUAUCAAAGACAGCAACACUACAAAUAAAUCUGCUAUUAAAGAGAACAACACUCCAUCUAUAACUCCUACUGAAGAGAACAACAAUCAACCCAAGAAAGUGAACAUCGCGCAGGCAGAAUAUACCAUAAGAUCCGGAAUCCAAAAGGUACGUAUGAGGUAA